GCUGGGAGCCAUAGUUCUCGGCCUUCCGCAGGAGCCUGGGGAGCAGCCAGGGCUGCAGGGUCGCAGCCACGGGCAGGACUACGAGCCCCGAGGUGCACGGCGGCUCUGGCGCGCCUGCGCGGAGGGGCCAGGGGAGGAGUCGGAAGCGGAGCGGGGGCCGCCUGCGACCGCCGGGAGCGGCGGGGCCGGGCCGGGCCGUACGCCGCCAUGCCCCGGGACAACAUGGCCUCCUUGAUCCAGCGGGUGGCGCGGCAGGCGCGGAUCACCUUCCGCAGCCCGGCGGGGCCGACCUUCGGGGAGAACCUGCACCGGCUGCAGCAGCUGCUGGACGAGGUGCGCGCCGAGGACUUGCACUUGGCUCCGCGGGGGCCUUCGGCGGCAGCGGCGGCACCGGGUGGAGGGCUGCCGUGGUCCGGCGUGGUGCCGCCCGUUAGCUACAUGCACAUCUGCGAGACCGAGAGCUUCAGCAUGGGCGUGUUCCUGCUGCGGAGCGGCGCCUGCAUCCCGCUGCACGACCACCCGGGGAUGAACGGCAUGCUCAAGGUGCUCUACGGCACGCUGCGCAUCGCCUGCUUGGACACGCUGCCCCCCGCCGUCGCCGCCCCGCCGCCUCCCGCCGCCGCCGCGGGGCCCUGCUACCGUGCCCUGUACCGCUCCCGACAGCACUACACGCCGGCCUCGCCGCCCUGCCUGCUCUCGCCGCACACCGACAACCUCCACCAGAUCGACGCCGUGGACGGGCCCGCCGCCUUCCUCGACAUCCUGGCGCCGCCCUACGACCCCCAGCACGGCCGGGACUGCCAUUACUACCGCUUGCUGGAGGGGCCGUUGCCACAGGCGGGCGCCGAGCCGCCCGGGCUGCCGCGGGAGGUGUGGCUGAUGGAGACCCCGCAGGCCGCUGACUUCUGGUGCGGGGGAGAGCCCUACCCCGGGCCCCGCGUCUGCCUCUGAGGCGGCGGCCUGGGCCCGGCGGCGGCCGCUGG